UACUAAGCAACAGAGAACGCUAUCUGCUCCAGCUGAGCCAACUUUCAAAAUAGCUGCCUACCUAGGCUAAUUAGUAAGUAAAAAUAUCCCCAAAGUAUUCUCAUGCCAAACAAUUUAAUCCAAAAUGUCUUCUACUUCGACCAUUUCCAAUUUGCAAGAUAUCGGGAAGCAAACAUCGCCCCAGUAUUCCUCUGGGUCACCCAUUUGCUACCCUCAUGAGUCAGUGACACAGGAGACCACUGAUGCGCAACCAUUUCCUGCUGCGGUUCAUCAGCCGUGUGCAGACACGUUUUCAACCUCCGAGGAAGAGAAGGAGGAGAAGACAAUGGAGAAACACGAUGGUGUGUUGACUGAAGAGGAAGUUUCCAGCUGUUUAUCCAACCUGGGACACUCUGCCACAGGACUAGAGCAUGUCUACCAGUUCCUCUCUGCACCCGGUCGAAAUCUGAAUAAUGUCUCCAUCCUUUGCAAUUACGUCCACCUUCAAAAGCUAGAACUUCCUUACAACAAAAUAAAAGAUGUAUCCUGUGUCAGCCACAUGCCGUAUCUCAUCAUCCUGGAUGCCUCCCACAACCAACUCACCGACUUCUUUGGAUUCCAGCCACCCAGGAACCUCAAGGAGGUUAACUUUUCCCAUAACCAGAUGUCAGUGAUGACACAUUUGUCAGCCUACUCGUCUUUGAGUAAACUGAAUCUGGACUACAACUGUUUCACUGAGAUCGGUGGUCUGCUGCAUUGUGCCAGCCUCACACACCUCAGCCUGGCACACAACAAGAUCUCCUGUAUCAGUGGCCUGGACAACCUGCCAAUCAAAGACCUCUGUCUGAGGGGGAAUCAGAUUGAGAAGAUAGAGAAUUUGGAGACUCUGAGAACCCUGCAGGUCCUGGAUCUGUCUCUGAACCGCAUCAGCAGUCUGUCAGGCCUGCAGAAUCUCCAUCUGCUGGGCUCCAUCAACCUGGAGAGUAACCUGAUCAGUGAAAUCAAGGAGGCUACACACAUCCAUGACCUGUGCCUGCUCCGGGAGCUGAAUCUGCAGAGAAACCUAGUCCAGGAGCAACUGGACUACAGACUGGCAGUGAUCUUCCUCCUUCAACACCUGACUGGCCUGGACCAGGAGAAAGUCACAGUAGAGGAGAAGGUGUCUGCUGUGAACAAGUACGACCCUCCUCUGGAGGUGGUGGCAGCCAGGGAACACAUGAGUCACAUGGUAUACCAGCUGAUGCAGCCCCAGGUCAUCUACGAUAGCACCCUGCCCAGUCUUGACUCUCCCUACCCCAUGCUGGUGUUGACUGGACCCCAGGCUUGUGGGAAGAGAGAGCUGGCCCACAAGCUCUGCCGAGAGUUCAACGACUUCUUCGCCUACGGAACCUGCCAUACCACCAGGGGUCCCUACUUUGGGGAAGAGGACGGGAGCGACUACCAUUUUGUCACGGAGGAAGACUUUCAGAACAUGAUUCACAUGGGUAAAUUCCUCCAGACGAUGCAGUAUGCGGGCCACUGGUAUGGUCUGUCUCGUGAGGCCAUAGAAGACGUGGCCAGGGAGGGCCUGGCCUGCUGUGUGCACAUGGAGCUGGAGGGUGUGUUCAGUCUGAAGAACAGCCACUUUGAGCCACGUUACGUCCUGAUGAUCCCCACAGACAAGGAGCAGUACAGCAGGCGGCUGAGGACCAGAGCUCUGUACACCCAGACCCAGAUAGAUACGGCUGUAGCCCGCGUGGAUACAUACGCCCUGAUCAACAGAGAGCGCCCAGGCUUCUUCGACAACGUCAUCCCCUGUGAUGAGCCAGUGGAGGCAUACAGAACCCUGAGGCAGGUGGUGAAGGACUAUCUGGGAGUGGAGGAGCAGGGAGGAGAGGACCAGAGCACCCCCACAGAGUUGAAGAGGGACUCCUAG